AUGCACAAACAGAUAUCUUUAUUCUUGUUAGUUUUAUUCUUGCUGGUUUCUUCAGCAUCAUUCAAACAUACCCAUUUCACAAAGGACAUGAUUGACUCUCUCAAUCAAGAUCCAUCUGUCAAAUGGGAAGCUGCAAAUUAUGACCAAUUUGCAGGUAAAUCAUUUGCUGAAUUGAGAAAAUUAUUAGGUGGUAAGAGAGGUGAAGAAAGCUCGAGUGAAGAAGCAAGAUAUAAUACCAGAGAUGUUAAAUCGACUGUUGCCAUUCCUGAUACUUUUGAUUCUAGAACUAAAUGGCCACAAUGUAUUCAUGGUAUUAGAAAUCAAGGUCAAUGUGGAUCAUGCUGGGCUUUCGCAACUACUGGUGUUUUCUCUGAUCGUUUGUGUAUUACUACUAACAACGUUUCAAAUGUUGUUAUCAGUCCUGAAUUUCUUAUUGAAUGCGACAAGACCAGUUUUGCAUGUCAAGGCGGUUAUGGUUAUUAUUCAUGGAAAUUCUUCAUGAAUACUGGUAUCCCAUUAGAAUCCUGUGUUCCAUACACUAAAGAUUCCCUUGUUUAUGGUAACACCACCAACGCUCAAUGUAGAUCAACUUGUACUGAUGGUAGUCCACUUAAAUUAUACAAGGCUGCUAGUGCUUAUUAUAUUUACUCUCCAAUUACCAAUUAUCAAACUGAAAUUAUGACUAAUGGACCAGUUGAAGCUGAUUUUGAUGUAUAUUCUGAUUUUUAUUCAUAUAAAUCUGGUAUUUAUCAAAAGACAGCAGGAAGUACCUAUGUUGGUGGACAUGCUGUUAAGGUUCUUGGAUGGGCUUCUGAUUCUAAUGGAACUCCUUAUUGGAUUGCUCAAAAUCAGUGGGGAACAUCAUGGGGUAUGGGAGGCUAUUUUUAUAUUUAUAGAGGAAAUUCUACUUUGAAUUGUAAAUUUGAUAAUUACAUGAUUGCUGGAACUGUCUCACCACCAACAUGUUAUGGUAAAGCUCAAAGUGAUUCUUCAGUUUGUAAUGGACAUGGUCAAUGUGUUGGACCAGAUACUUGUUCAUGCUCAAGUGGAUGGGGUGGCACUUAUUGUAAUAUUACCAGUUGUAAUGGAAUUGUUUUGACUGAUUCAUCAGUUUGUAGUGGUCAUGGCCAAUGUGUUUCUGCUGAAAAUUGUGUUUGUAAUAGUGGUUGGAGUGGAACUUAUUGUGCUGAAACUACCUGUAAUGGUAUUUCAUCUGCCAAUUCAUCUGUCUGUAGUGGACAUGGUACAUGUACUACCAAGGAUACUUGUACAUGUAAGACUGGUUAUGGAGAUCAAUAUUGUCAAUCAUUCAUUUGUUAUGGAUUGACUGGUUCCAAUGCUGCCGUUUGUUCUGGACAUGGUACAUGUUCUGCUUAUAAUACUUGUAAAUGUAAUACUGGAUACUCUGGUUCUCAAUGUCAAAACUAUACCUGUAAUGCCAUUGCCCAAAAUAAUGCCAAUGUCUGUUCAGGACAUGGUUCUUGUGUUGAUUACAAUACUUGUAAAUGUUCAGGUGGAUACACAGGUACUUAUUGCUCACAAGUUGCUUGUAAUGGAAUUCUUCCAACAGAUUCAUCUGUUUGUAGUGGCCGUGGUAAAUGUGUUGGUCCAAACAAUUGCACAUGUACCAACUCAACUCAGUAUGGAGGUGAAUUCUGUCAAGUUCCAAAAUGUGGUGGAAUUUUGGCAACAGAUUCUUCAGUUUGUGGUGGAAAGACCAAUUAUGUUUGCUCUGGUGUAAAUACUUGUACAUGUAAGACUGGAUAUACUGGAGCUAAUUGUAACUCAUUCUCAUGUUUUGGAAUUGAUUCCAACUCAACAAGUGUCUGUGCAGGAAGCGGAAAGUGUGUUGCAUUGGAUACUUGUCAAUGCACUGAUGGAACUUCAGGCAAUUGUACUUCCUCAACUAGUACAGAUUCCAGCACAAGACAAUCACAUGCCUCUAAUCAAUAUGGCCAAACCAUGUGGAUCCAAAUUGUAUUGUGUACUGUCUUGUUAUGGAUUGGAGCUAUUGUUUUUUAA